AUGUCUGGGGUUCCUGAAUCUAAUACAGUUACUGGGUCUGCAAAGAAUGGAAUAUCUGAUUCUACUGAAGAGAAUUCUAGCAGUGGUCAUAGCAAGGAUGUGAGUUCCUUUUCAUCAGUUUCAGAUACGAAGGUCAAGAAGGUAGUUGAAUAUGACCAGCAGAAAGAUUUAAGGACUCUUGCAGAGUUGAUUUGCUCUGGAGCAGUUCAACCUGAAUGGGCUGGAGAUAUUACAUGGUCAAAUAGUAUCUUUAAUCCGCUGUUUAAGCCUAGUUUCAAUGAGUUUGAAACUAAAUGCAUGGAAGUCUACGAGGAAAAGAAAAUGGAAACCAAGAAAAUCUUAGGUAACUUUGAUGGACAGAUUAGCCUCUCGGUGGACAUUUUGAGGUGCGAAAAUCACAUUGACCCUCGCUGCUGUGGUGAUUAUUUGUGCCUUUCCGCACAUUUGGUUGAUGAGAAUUGGAAACUGAAAAAACGGGUACUUUGCUUUAGUUCUCGUUCGGUUUCGGGUCCGUCUGAUGAUUCCCUUCACGGACAUGAAGAUUGGGGCAUUGAGAACAAGAUACGCGCAGUCACUGUGAAUAAUGGGAAGUGCUAUAAGGAAAUGGUUGAGCAUGUUAAAAGGCACAUCCAAGAAAAGAAGGAAUUCCAACUUAAUCCAGUGUUUCCUGUGUAUUGUUGUGGGGAAAUAUUCAGAGUAAUGGUGCAGGAUGCAUUUGACAAGAUUGAAGAUAUCGUUCACAAGUCAUGGUCAACAGGAGAACUCUCUACCAAAGAUGUGAUUGGUUCUAAUGACGUACCUUCCCCAGAGGAAUGGAAGAAAGUCGAAGGUGUUUGUAAAAUCAUAGGGAGCAUAGAUGAAGUAUCAGAAGCAUUAUUUUACACAACACCUCUAACUUCCAAUGUUUAUCUUUAUCACCUCCAUGAGCUUCACGGAAUUCUUACCAAAAUGUCCACUGACUCAGAUUGUUUUAAUAGAACAAUAGUUAAGGACAUGCUGAAAAAGUUUGAUGAGUAUUUGGAUAAUGACAUGUUCUUGCUGUUGACAAUGUCUGCAGCACUGGAUCCUCGAUUCAAGAUGAGAUAUAUUGAAUUCUUUUGUUCAGAGGUUAAGCGUAAGGACAAAAAAACACAAGUUGCAAAUGUUUUAUGGGCGAUGCAGAAACUGUUUGAUGACUAUGUGAUCCGUUUUCCAACCGAAGGGGAGUCUUGUCGUUCUAGACGUUGGAAACGCAGUUUUAGAGUGGUGAAGGACUACCAGCAGUUCAUCCGUUCAAAUGACCACCCUGCGAAAAAAUCAGACUUGGAUCGCUAUUUGGAAGAACCUGUGUUACCUUGGAGUCCAGAUUUUAAUGCAUUGUCUUGGUGGAGAACCGCAGGCACUGCCUACCCUACCCUUUCCCGGAUGGCACGGGACUUUUUGGCCAUGCCAAUGUCUCUGUCAACUGGAAAUGGUGUAUACUAUACUGUACCAAAGCCAGCGGAUGAAUAUAUAGUUCGCUUGAAGCCAGACUUGAUGAAUGCCUUGAUGUGUACUCGAAGCUGGGUAUAG